AAUCAAUUGAAAGAUGUAUUCACACGUUGACAUCUGGAUGUUACAUUGUACCCCGAAUCUACUUGGCACUCAAGUGAUCCUUUCCAGUUUCCUACAAUGAAAUGGUACAAUCUUCAAGAUAGCCACAGAAAAGCUUGGUGAUCUAUUUCAAGUUCUUGGCUAAAACUGAGCGCGCCCGCAUAUUGUCAAAUGCUUUCGUUGUUUGGUACCUUGGCUUGGUAAUUGUCAAGUAUUUUCUUUAACUUCCUAUCUUGGUACGUAGUAACUCAGCGAUCUUGUUGAUUCAUGAUACUUUUCAUACACUAAGGAUAGGAUUCACAAAGUACUUCCAAUCAUACAUUGCGAUGUGUUGGUUUUGGAGGCUCCUGAGUGGAAUUACGAUUGUUCGUUAUCACCACGGACAUUGAUAAUGUCAUUAAAGUUUGCCGAAAAGGCAGGCGAAUCCGAACUUCGAAGAGGAGAUUGUGUGAAAAGACAACAUCUGAAGAUGAUGGAUGCAUACUCUUAUCAAUUGCUCGUACCUUCCAUUUCAGAUCACCAUCACGAGUAUUCUACGGGCGAGAACUUCCGGCGCUCAACAGCAUGAAGAAUUUCGAAAGGCCUUCAAAUCAUCUAUAUAUAAUGUGUCGCCAGUCACUCAAACUCAAACUCAAACUCAAGCUUCUCAUCCUCAUCUUCAGCAACUUCAAAGCCCUUUAAACGGAUAUCAUUCCUCCUAAUCUCAGUACUCAAUCCAAUAUGCGCGCCGUAUCGAACAUUUUGACAAUUGCCAGUUUGGCUGCCAUUGCCAACUCUGCGGCUAUAAAGAAGCAAGUUACAAGUUUUGAUACUCCAGACUAAAAUCCAACAAUGUUUCUGUCUAAUACGCGGACACAUUAUGAAAUUGACUCUGCUUGGAGCAUUUUGUUCAUACGUUAUUCCAUCCAUCUGAUUAUUAACUCACAAGAUUGAAUGAUUGGUUACACCACAUUUAAAGCUUCACAUUUUGAUGGAUCGUCUGCUCUUGGUUUUGUACUGUCAUAGAGACUGGAGCUAAUAAUUUUUCUAGGGAUAACAAUGUCCUUGAAGUCACAUCGGCCGCUGGUGAUAACGCCUUAGUUCAUGCUACGGUCAAAAAUACCGGGAUUGAGGCCUUGAAUUUGCUGAAAUAUGGAACACUCUUUGACUCUGCUCCUGUUCAAAAGGUUGAUGUUUAUGAAGGAGGUGAGCUUAAGUAUUUCUACUUCUCCCAAAUACAAUUGAGCGAUGAACUUGGUUGAUGUUCGUAUGUCUUCUUUGAAGUAUUGAAGCUAACACACAAGAAAGAAAAUGCUGUUCCAUUCAAAGGGAUCCUCCGUUCCAUUCAGCGCACAGACUUAGCCCCCGAGGUCUUCACACUCUCGCAGCAGGUGAAACCUUUGAAACUACAGUCAACGCAGCCGAAGUCCACGACCUCUCCAGCACAAACUACACCUUCAUUGCCGAAGGGAGCAUCCCCGUCGCCCCCGUUGGAUCUACCAAAAUAAGCGACACCAUUCUCUUCAAAUCCAACACCCUCACCAUCCCCGUCGAUGGCGCCGCCGCCCAAUCCAUGGCCAAAGCAAUCCCUGCCUCUAUCGACCGCUGCACCAUCCUUCAAUCCGGCUGUUCCACAACCCAAAAAUCACAAACCACCCAAGCACUCUCCUACUGCGCCCAGCUAGCGCGCGCUGCCUCCACAGCCGCCUCCUCGGGCUCCGCAACAAAGUUCUCCGAAUACUUCAAGACUACCGCCGCUGCUACCCGCUCUGUUGUCGCUGCUCGUCUCUCCGCCGUCGCAUCACAAUGUUCCUCGCUUACAUCCGGAAGUACAACGUACUACUGCACUGAUAUCUAUAAUUACUGUUCUUCCAAUGUUCUCGCGUACACGAUCCCUUCCACGAAUGAAAUUGUCAAUUGUCCACUUUAUUACUCGGCGCUCCCGACCCUUUCGGGAACUUGUCAUGCGCAGGACAGGGCUACCACCAGUUUACAUGAGUUUACUCAUGCACCUGCGACUUAUAGUCCUGGAACUGCGGAUAAUGGAUAUGGUUACUCUGCGGCUGUCGCGUUGACUAGUGCAAAGGCUGUCUUGAAUGCGGAUAGUUAUGCGCUUUAUGCUAAUGGUAUGAUUUUUUUCUCUGUCCCUUUUUUUCACCCCGUUUCUCUCUAUUCUCUAAAUCAUGCAUUGUGCGGAGGAAUUGUCACUGACUAUUGCAAUAGCUAUUUACGUCGGAUGCUAGAUGUGAUGA